CCCGUUUCAGGCAGGUACUAAUAUAGGUAAUGGCCCGGGACUUGGGCUGAACGUUCUUUUCCGCCACAGAUCUUCUCAUCUAUCUGAAUCCAAAAAUCCCGCAGUGGCAUCGGGCAUUCAGCUUACCAGCAUGCAAUCGCCAGGGGGUUUUUGCACUCGCCAAGUGGCAGAUAUGCCUGGAGAACGAGCAUUUCCAAACAUCUAUAAGCUUGUCACAGCGGCUAAAUCAGCAGUGAAUGCUGGAAAUGCCUUCGUUCCCAACACUUCCCGGCCCAGCCGGUACGCGUCUACUAUCGACGUACUACAAUUAUACGAUGGAAAACGACAGCUAGGAACAAUACACGAUCUCAACGCUUCCAACUUGGCGACCAAGCUGGAUCCGGGUGCCAGUGCAUGCAUCUUUAUUGUUGAGCGUGUGGACGAGGAGUUUAUGGACUUCUUGGUGACUCGAUACCCCAAUUCGUCGGAGAAACAACUGGCACAAUUCCUGGAGGAAUACCUCGACAGCCCGCCUUGGUACAACUUCCAUGGGAUAGAUCGUCACGUGCCACGUUUGUCGUCACGAACUUGUCGAGAUUCGCAGUACGUCAACAUUGAGGUUGUCGGGGCUCGCGAAUUUACUCGUCCAGUCCGGUUGGAGGAUGACAGGGUUCGGUCAAAGACGGGCUCAUGGUGGGAUAUCUACGACAGGCGAGCGGGAGGCAUUGAACCUAUACAGCGGCGGCGAAAAGAAGGAAAUAGCACAGACUUUUCUCCCGUUGCCCUGGUCCGCCAUCACUUCGCCGCUUGGUUUGAUAUUGACGCGCAAGGUGCCUGGAAGACUGGAGUCGUAUUAGUUGACCCCCCAUUCGAUGUCGAUGAUAGACACCCACCGCUUCAGAACCAGACAACUAAGCCGCUCUUGAAAUUUGCUCGAGAUGUGCUGGCGCGCAACACACACCAGAACUUCUCUUAUCGGUCUCUAAUUACCGCCAUGUGUGAGCAAAACGAGGAUCUACUCAUUACGACAGGAGUCCCACAGCCACUAAUUGUCCUUCGAAGCAUGUUCGACAUCAUCGUUUCGGAAUGGGUCUGCGCGACGACAUAUUUCAUCAGGGACCUAAACAGCAUUGAGUGGAUUCUGGAAAAUCGCAACGGAAAUCGUUGGCAAACCCCUGACGACCUCGAGCACGCUCUGCGAAGCCUAUUCACCAUACGGCGCCGCAUCGCGAAAUACAAGAGUCUUGUGAAAGAGCAGGUUGCGACCUGUAAUCUACUCGCUCUUAAAAGCCCAUGGUCGUUGUUGCCACCGCAGCCAGCUGGGAAUCAAGCUUCACAACGGCUCGACAACGUCUCGGAAGCCAUCCAGAUGGAUCUAGGGCAGGCUCUCGAGCUCAUUUCGCAAACCAUCGAGCGCAACGAUCAGGGCGUUCAGCUUUUGACGUCACUGCUCGCCAUUAUGGAGAGCCAGCUCAGCCUCAAGGAGGCAGAGCGCACUAUGUCGCAGAACAAGAUUCUUCUCAUCCUUACAUCGGUCGCUACCUUCUGCCUCCCUAUCAGCACGGCUGCCUCUGUCCUUAACAUGCAAGGGGACUGGGCCCCGAGCAACAAAGAGUGGGCCAACUUUUGGAAAAUAUGUAUUCCCAUCUCCUGUGUCUCUGUUCUAGUAGUCAUCCUCCUGCGCUUCUACAAGGAUAUUUCUCGUAUAUUAUACAGGGGUUUCGCGAGGAUGACGCCGCCUGAGAAAGUGACUGUAUCUCAGUUAUCCCUUCCGUAAAUAGUCUUAUUAAGAGAGAGUUUCGUGCAAAGAAAUUAUGUAGAGUAUGCAUUUCUAAUAUAAAAACCUCAGCAGAAGAACACAAUCAUACACUACUGAUAUAACGGAAGCAGCGCUC